UAAAUCGCGAGGCUGGGACUGUGCCCGGAGACAGAGGUCUAAGCGUGCUCCUGCUCCUUGAUGGAGACCCAGGUAAAGCCGUCCGUCUACGGCGACAUCACCAGGAAUUGGAACAUGCCACGGAAGGAAAGCCACGAGCUUAACCUAACCUGGCGGCGCAGUCUUGAAACGAGCUUAAGGCAGGGUUAAGCAUUCUCAGGAUUUGGCGGCUGGUCACCGCAGGCGGCAGUGGAAUAUGGUCUGGUCGAUGGCGUACGACACGCCUGGAUGUGCUUUCCAGUGUAUAAGUUCUCUCUUCUCUCUUCCAUCAUUUUGUUCCAAAUCAUGAUUUAGCCUCUGUUCUGUAUUUGAUGCCCCAUGCAGAGACUCGCCUAUUCUUAUAUGCUUCAGCAGAGGAGUAUCUGCAAUCAUAUCCACCCUCGUUCUCAGUGGUAAAUCAGCCUCGAUAGGAUCAACCAGACACAAUGAGUUGUUUCCGUGCCCUGCUGCCCAUCGUGGGCUCCUGCGUUGCCUUUCUGCUGGGCAUCCUUUGUCUUUUCGCUGGCAGUCAGCGCCAGAUUCUGCCUCAGGCAGAUCUUUUAACUUUAUAUACCGGAGGGGCUGGUGGUGCGGGGGCCCCCGAUUAUUUUUCCGUCUACACCAUGUCAUACUGCACCGGUUUUCAAGAAACAGUCGUAUCGGAUGAGACCACCAAUUCCACGACAACCACCAACGAGAUCAUCGGCUGCUCCGACCGCAGCGUGCUGUUUACCUUCAACCCGAGCGACGCCAUUCUGAAAGCCCUGGGAACGCCGUCUGGAAGCUUAUCCCCGGACAGUUGGCCUUCAUGCAUAACGGACGACUUUGAAGCGUUAGGUCCAACCAACACAACCAUGGUCGUGUUUUUCAUUUUCGGUACCGCAACCGCAGCUCUCGCCAUCGGAGCCCGGAUCUGGUCAAUUGCCUGCGCACGAGCAUCGGAGAAUAGCAGACCUCCCAGCUACACCGGGGAUCCAUCCCCUCGCUUUGACUCUGAGAGCCCUCCGUCUCUAGUGGAAUUUGUCAUCUUCUUGCAUCCAUCUGAUAUAUCUAUCCUGCAGGUGAGCCUGCUCAGCUUCGGGAUCGCUUCCGUCAUUGCCAGCGUCAUCACUACCGAGUUCGUGAAAUUGAUCAACAAGUCGGGCAAUGAUUAUGGGGUCUCAGCGACUACAGGGACGUCAUUUCUGGGGAUGUCCUGGACAGCGGCGGUGUUACAGGCCCUGUGCACCACGUAUAUCCUGAUUGAAAUUCUGCGAUACCAUGCACGUUGCCGUAUGCCGCGUUCCGAGUCGGCAGAGGAAAAGCCACUGGUAGGAUGUGACUGA